UCUGUAUUCCUGCUGGCAAUAUUUGCCUUAGCCCCUUCUUCUUCUUCCUCCUCUUCUCUUCUCGCUCACAAUUCAAUCUUUGCCUCCACCAUUUUUCUCUCUCCUUCAAACCCUAUUCUUAAACCCUAAAUUUCUUGUUCCCUUUAAAAAGUUCAAAACUUUUUCUUUUUCCUAUGUGUUAACACGACCAAUUUUAAGAACACCAAGAUGCUGCAACAUUUUUGUCUUGGUCGAUUUUCUGCGAUGUUUCUUCUUCUGUUAUGUUCAAUUUUCGCAGUAUUAACAACUGCAGAAUCAUCAAUAUACGAAGUUCUUGAAUCCCAUGGAUUGCCAAGGGGUUUACUUCCAAAGGGUGUGAAGAAUUUCACAUUAGACAAUUCGGGGAAAUUUGUGGUCCAUUUGGAUCAAGCUUGCAAUGCCAAAUUCGAGAAUGAAUUUCACUAUGAUAGGAAUGUAUCGGGUACAAUAAGUUACGGACAGAUCCAUGCACUUUCAGGAAUUGAGGCUCAAGAUUUGUUUCUAUGGUUUCCAGUGAAGGAUAUUCGGGUUGAUAUACCCAGUUCUGGAUUGAUUUACUUCAACGUUGGCGUUGUAUCUAAGCAAUUCUCUUUGUCUUCAUUUGAGACUCCUAGGGAUUGUACUGCUGUUCAACUCAUGGAUCUUCAGGAUGACAUGCACAUAGCUGACGCUGUUUCUAAGAGUCAAUCAGAGGAGCUUCGAUACAAGUUUGAUCAGGGCAAUAUCUGGAGGAAGGCUAUAUUGUAGAAAUAAGCAGUUCAAGAUGGUUGAUUCAGUAUAACACAAUAGCUCAAUCAAGUCGUCGUUCGGUGUCAGUCAUUCCUUCUAUUAUAAAUGUUUGAAGAUGGUUUCAGUUUGGUUUCGCAAGGUCUCUCAUGUGCUUCAAACAGAUUGUGCUGUUUCAGUUGCGGUUUCUUGUAUAGUUGCAAAAAUAGUAAUGAGCAUAUGAGACAAUCAUCAGAUGAGUUGAGCUAUAGAAUGAUAUGCCAUUAUUGGGCAUCUCAUAAUGAAUUUGGAGGCUGGUGGGAGGGAAUAUAGAAAGGUUUGUUUCUUUGUUGGAUUCGUUUAUGAAUGUGGACAUAAAUUGUUAUUAGGUAUUCACUUUUUGCAGUUGGAGAUAUAGAACAUGGAACAAUGGAAAUAAAUUUGCUUUCUUUCUUUAUGUAUACUACUGAGUACCAUUUUUGUC